AUGGAGAAACACGCGCGCGAGCUGGCGCUGCGCGCGGACGAGCGUCUGACCGCGGCGCGCGCGUCGACGGUGAUCGGAAACGUUGGAGUCACACCGAAUACGCGGUUUCGGGGAUUCUUGCGAGACGUCGCGAGGGCGCUGGCGUCGCAGGGAGGAGCGGGGCCGACGCGAGACGCGCGAGACAUGCCGAGGAUGUCCGACACGUGUUUGAGAGCAAGCUUACACGUCGCUUUGGUUAUUCCACACGACAGAGGUAAGCGUUUGAGAGUGAUUCAGCCUUGGUUUCGUACUUUUCAGUCGUUCACGGGGUUGGAUUGUUUUCGUUCACGUCGUGUGGCGAUCGACGAGGAUACAAACUUCACGAAACUCCUGGCGAAACGAAACUCAGAGGCCGACAGUUAUCUCUUCGCGUCGAAAAAGUUGAGUAAGUCUGAGCGAAAGGGUGGUCUUGGGGCGAAGCACGAGCGCGUGACGACGAGGAGCGUGGACGAAGACGAGAAGCCGAUUCCGAAACCGCUGCAGUCACAGCAAGGAGCUUCAAAACCCACGACGUACGCAACUAAAGCGGGAGCGGGAGCGGGAGCGGGAGCGCAAGGGUCGUCAUCAUUAUCAUCACCGUCGAAGUCGACGCAAAACGGCGGCGGCGGCGGCCGUUCGCUCGGACCGCUCAACUCCCAGGCGCGACGCUCGCAGAGGCGCGAGCGCGAGCGACACGCGAGCGACGCCGCGUCGCCGUCCUCCGCCGUGACUGACGUCGAUCGAUUCGCUCGCGACAAAAAUCGUGAUCCUGUAGUCUUCCCCGCCUUCCGUCGAUCGCCGCACGGCGCCAUCGGGGAUAAGUUCCUACCCACCUCUCGCGAAAGAGACGGCGUUUCGCCUGAAUCGCCCAACCGCGCCGCCGGCCGUCGAUGA